UUCUCUCUUACUAGUUGUUGUUUCUUACAUUAAAAUCUUUCUCCCAUAAAUACAAGCAAACUCCUACAACAUUAAUCCCAUCAACAUUAUCAAUGGAGAAGGAGAAAAAUCGCGGUCGCAAUAAUAUUAUUCCUCGAUUAUCAGGGAAUUCUCCUCGUUUACUAAGAAGCAAAAGUGGAAUGUCACUCCCAGAAAUUCACAAACUCGACUCUGUUCCACCAAAACUUGUCAAUCGAUCAAAAUCAACCACGAAAUUGCGAUCUAAUAAUAGAGGAGAAGAAAAUGUCAGUCUAAGGAUGAUGAUCAAGAAUAACAAAAAAUCACAAGAAAAUGAUAGUACUUUUGCUAGAUUCUUACAACAACGCGAUGAUGGAGCAAGAUCAACAACAACAACAACGUGUGUUAUUACUAAUAAUAAUUCGCGAUCUGCAUGGGCAUUGUCACCAGGGCGUCCUUUGCCUAUAGUCCCUAAGUCACCUAGCUCGAGGAAGUUGAAAAUUGACGCGUCUAAAGACAUCACUGGUAGUGGUAGUGAUAGUAGUAGUGGUGGUCGUGGUGGUCGUGGUGGUGUUGCUGGCGUUUUAAAAUAUUUUAAGCAAAAAAAAGUUUCACCAGUACUAGAAGAAGAUUUUCAUCGGUAUCGUCUUAUGAAUAAUAGGUUAGUACAAUGGAGAUUUGGCAAUGCUCGUAUUGAGGCUUCUAUGGCUGCAAUCAAGAGGGCUGCACAGAAGAAGGUGUUCAAUGUAUGGUUAAGGAUCUCAAUUAUGAGAAACUUUAUUGCUGAGAAGAAAAUUGAAGUCCAAAAAUUGAAGCAUGAUAUAAAAAUAAACAAUAUAAUGAACUCUCAAAGUUGUCUACUUAGGGAGUGGCAAAGAAUAGAGUUGAAAAAUUCUGAAGCCAUUGGUAGGGUGGCCAGAAAAUUAUCAGCAAUUUCUCUCUGUCUUCCACUUGUUGAUGGAGCUGAGGCAAAAGUUAUGUCGGUUUAUGAUGCUAUGAUCUCGGCUGAGGAAAUUAUGGACAGUAUCCAGGAUUUAAUUAUGAAUAUGCAGUGGCAGGUUGAGCAAUCAUGUUAUUUGCUCACACAACUUAUAGUAAUUUUAAAGCAGGAGGAAGAGUUCUUGGAAGAGCUAGAGAGUCAUUUAAAAACAGUUGAUUCUUUAGAGGUAGAAGAGGAAACCCUGAGAUUACAUUGUAUCCAGUUGGCUAAAGAGAGGACAACAAAAUGGGAAGGAGCUUGAUGUUGAAGACUUUUUUCUUAUUACCCAACACACAUUUUUGAAAUCCACUUAAUAUCAUUAUGUUUUUGUUGCAUUUUGUAACCCUUAACAUCAAUAUCCAUUUGUUAGUUCACGAGUUUAUGACAACUACGAAAUAAUUUCACA